UUGUGCUUUCCUCUGCUGGGCUCACGUUGACAACACACACGUGUGCGCACAGCAGCAUGGAUCUCUCGAAAUGGUGCAAUUUAUUGUCGGAUCCGAGUUUAAAGCAUUUGACAGAGGCAGGGUUUGGUGUGCCUAAAGAGAAACAGCACGUGCCGGUGCAAGAGCUGGUAAAAGCGCACAUUGAGUCAUUUGAUCAGGCAGUUACUGAUGGAUUGUGUCGAGUUGUGGGGGCUAUUCCUCCACUGGAGUUCAUGUACAGGGAAGACAGGAUCAGUCUGUCGUUUGUUGAGGCUGUGAUUCACCCCCCAGCAGUUUCUAAAGGGGGAAUCAGCAGAGAUCUGCGGGUCUUUCCUGCUGAAUGCAGAGGCAGACGAUGUACAUACAGAGGAAAGCUGGUGGCGGAUGUGAGUUGGUCUGUAAAUGGAGUUCCUAAGGGAAUCAUCAAGCAGUCUCUGGGUCAGGUGCCUAUCAUGGUCAAAUCCAAACUUUGCAACCUUCACGGUCUCUCGCCCAAAGAACUCAUCGAGCAUCACGAGGAAGCCGAGGAAAUGGGCGGUUAUUUUAUCGUGAAUGGCAUCGAGAAAGUGAUUCGUCUGCUGAUCAUGCCGAGGAGAAACUAUCCCAUCGCCAUGAUAAGACCGAAAUUUAAGAGCAGAGGACAGGGCUACACGCAGUAUGGUAUUUCAAUGCAUUGUGUAAAGGACGAACACACAGCCAUUAAUAUGAAUCUUCACUACCUGGAUAAUGGAACAGUCAUGCUGAAUUUCAUUUACCGGAAAGAGUUGUUUUUUCUUCCCUUGGGCUUUGCGCUAAAGGCUCUGGUGGACUUCUCAGAUUUCCAGAUCUAUCAGGAGCUGAUUAAAGGUCGAGAGGAGAACUCUUUCUAUAAGAGCUGUGUUUCUGAAAUGCUGCGUGUGGUUAUGGAGGAAGGCUGCACAACUAAAGACAAGGUGCUGAAUUACCUGGGCGAGCGUUUUCGGGUCAAACUGAACCUCCCUGAUUGGUUUACUCACAAGCAGUGUGCCAACUUUCUAUUAGACGAAUGCUUGUGUAUUCACCUGAAGUCAGACGUGGAGAAGUUUUACAUGUUGUGUCUUAUGACAAGGAAGCUCUUCAGCUUUGCCAAGCAGGAGUGUAUGGAGGAAAAUCCAGACAGUUUGAUGUGUCAGGAAGUCCUCACACCUGGGCAGCUCUACCUCAUGUUCAUGAAAGAGAAGAUGGCGGGGUGGCUGGUCUCUGUGAAACUGGCCCUCGACAAGAGAAGUAAGAGACUUGGAGUACUGACUGCAGAUAGUGUGACUAAAGUCUUCAACAUGGGUACAGAUCUCACCAAAGCUUUUGAGUAUAUGUUAGCAACCGGAAACCUCCAGUCAAAGACGGGUCUGGGCAUGCUCCAGGAUACAGGACUGUGUGUCGUGGCGGACAAGCUGAAUUUUAUCCGGUAUCUGUCUCAUUUUCGCUGCGUGCACAGAGGAGCCGCUUUCGCCAAGAUGAGAACCACGUCUGUGCGAAAACUUCUGCCGGAGUCCUGGGGUUUCGUGUGCCCCGUACACACGCCCGACGGAGAGCCGUGCGGUCUCAUGAAUCACUUGACUGCCCACUGUGAGAUCGUAGCCCCAGUGUAUCCCACCAGCACCCUGCCGGCCCUGCUCUGCUCUCUGGGUGUGACUACAGCAGAUGGGACCCCGAGUCAGCCGUACUCUGAUUGUUAUCCUGUUAUACUGGAUGGAGCCAUGAUCGGCUGGGUGGAGAGAGAGAUGGCACCGUCUGUUGUCGAGUCUCUCCGCAGGUUUAAAGUGCUGGGAGAGAAGAAGGUGCCACCCUGGACUGAGAUCGUUUUAGUUCCUCAGACGGGUAAAGCCAGCAUGUAUCCCGGCCUCUAUCUGUUUACAACGCCCUGUCGCAUGGUGCGGCCCGUCCGAAACCUCGCCCUGGGCAAACAGGAGCUCAUUGGCACCUUUGAACAGGUGUACCUCAAUGUGGGAAUCUUUGAGGAGGAACUUGAGAAAGGAGUAAGCACACAUCAAGAGUUGUUUCCUCACAGUAUGUUAAGCGUGGUGGCAGAUUUCAUCCCGUUCUCCGACCACAACCAGAGUCCCAGAAACAUGUACCAGUGCCAGAUGAGUAAACAGACCAUGGGCUUCCCGUUGCACUCGUACCAGGACCGUGCCGACAGUAAGCUUUAUCGUCUCCAGACCCCUCAGAGUCCGUUGGUCAGACCUGCGAUGUAUGACCACUACAACAUGGACAAUUAUCCCAUCGGCACCAAUGCGAUCGUGGCCGUUAUUUCAUACACCGGCUACGAUAUGGAGGAUGCUAUGAUUGUAAAUAAAUCCUCGUGGGAGCGUGGCUUUGCUCACGGUUCGGUUUAUAAGACUGAACUCAUAGAUCUGUCUGAGAAGUACAAAGGUGAGGAAAGCAUUGUAUUUGGGGUCAAGCCAGAUGAUCCAAAAGUGAUGAAUCGACUGGAUACAGACGGACUGCCGUUUAUAGGCUCGGUGCUGAAGUAUGGAGACCCUUUCUAUAGCUGCAUCAAUCUCAAUACCGGCAGGAGUUACGUGACCUUUUACAAGAACCAAGAAGAUUGCGUGGUGGACAAUAUCAAAGUAUGCAGCAAUGACUCUGGAACAGGCCGCUUUAAGCGUGUGUGCAUCUCAGUCCGCGUUCCCAGGAACCCUACGAUUGGAGACAAGUUUGCCAGUAGACACGGCCAGAAGGGAAUCCUGAGUCGGCUAUGGCCUACGGAGGAUAUGCCCUUUACUGAAAGCGGCAUGACCCCCGAUAUCUUGUUCAACCCUCACGGAUUUCCUUCCAGAAUGACCAUCGGAAUGCUCAUCGAGAGCAUGGCCGGAAAAUCGGCGGCCCUGCACGGCCUGUGUCACGACGCCACGCCCUUCAAAUUCUCUGAGGAACACUCUGCGCUGGAGCAUUUCGGCGAGAUGCUGAAGGCGGCGGGGUACAACUACUACGGUACAGAGCGGUUGUACUCCGGAUUGAGCGGUUUGGAGCUCGAGGCGGACAUAUUCAUCGGUGUGGUUUACUAUCAACGUCUGCGGCACAUGGUUUCUGACAAGUUCCAGGUGAGAACUACAGGAUCCAGAGACAAAGUCACGAAUCAGCCGCUGGGAGGGAGGAACGUGCAGGGAGGAAUCCGGUUCGGAGAAAUGGAACGGGAUGCUUUGCUGGCCCACGGGACGUCAUUCCUGCUACACGACCGGCUGUUUAACUGCUCUGAUCGGUCCGUGGCACAGGUUUGCGUGGACUGCGGCAGCAUGCUGUCCCCACUCCUGGAAAAGCCGCCACCUCAUUGGUCGGCCACACGGCAUAGAAACACCAUCUGUCUGCUGUGCAAUAAGAACGACUCCAUCGAGACUGUGUCCGUACCGUAUGUGUUCAGAUAUUUUGUAGCGGAGCUUGCGGCAAUGAACAUUAAAAUCAAAUUAGAUGUCAAGUAAAAUGUAUUGUACUGUAGUUUCUUCACAUUUAUGAAAAAUUAAAGUGCCUAAAUGAA